AACAGCAUAUAUAUAUAUAUAUAUAUAUAAAAAUGGAAAAGCCCACACCAAGAGUUAAUUCAGCGUUAAGAGAAAAAUAUGUUGGAAAGACAGUUCGUCUGGUUGGAAAGAUUACAUCGUUUUCUGGAAAUACCGCAGUAUUAGAAGCAUCAGAUCAUGGACAAGUUUUAGUCCAUUUGAAUGGUGAAAGUCAAUGGGGAACACAAUAUGUUGAAGUGAUUGGACAAGUUGAUCAAGAUUUCACUAUAAGAGAGUUCAAGACGACUAAUAUGGGAGACAACUUUGAUCUCGACUUGGCCAAUAAAGUGGUAGAGUUUGGUCAACGAUGUCCAGAAAUGUUUGAAUAAUAUAAUAAAUACAUGGCUUAUGCUUCUUUACCCAAUUGUUCAGCCAAUUCUUUUCCACGAUCACGGGCAGCAAAGACAGCAUCAGAUAUGAUCUUUUUGAAUUGAUUUGAUUCCAAGGAUUGAAUAGCAGCCUC